AUUGAAUAUUUUUUUUGUCCAUGACAGUGACGCAGAGUGAGCAUUUUUUAUUUGUUCUACAAAGAAUUUUACCAAAACUUUUUUAUAAUUAUCAAUCCCUCAAUAAGUUUGGUACAUUUGCAAGUGUCAAUCACUUCAUUUUAAAGAUAAAGAAAUUUGUAAAUCAUUUAGUGUUUUGUGUAAUUGCUUCCCAUCAUGGAUGAGCCAAAAAGUUUUAACAGCGUUGAAGAGGAAUGUUGUUAUUGGAAAGAAUUGGCCAGGAAAAAUCAUCAAGAGUGCUUAGACGUAAAACAAGAAUUGGAUGAUUUUACGGAAGGAUCAAGACAACUCGAGGCCGAAUUAGAAAUGUCCUUGCAACAGCAUGAAAAAACCAUAAAAGAUUUAAAAUUGGCAUUGAAUCAAUUACAAAUUGAUAAUGAAUCAUUACGGAAACGAAUGGCAAACACAGAAUCCGAAUACAAUCAACUCGAACAGAAAUACAGUUCCAUUUGCGAGGAAAAGGAUCGGCUGAAGGUUUACACACGGGAACUGGAACAAGUCAACGAUGAUUUGGAGCGUGCACAUCGAGUGGUCACGGAAAGUGUGGCAGGAUUCGAGGCAAUGCUAAAUCAAGCGUACGAAAAAAAUGCCCUGCUGGAAAUUGAAGUGGAUGAAAAGGAGGUGUUACAAGUCAAGUUGCAACGACUUAUGGAUGAAACAAGAGAUCUAAAACAAGAGCUCAACGUACGCACUGUUCCGAGCGAUUCCAGAUCAUUCAGUGAAAAAACGAAUUCGGACAAUCGUCACUGUGAAAUUGAAACACAAACUGCGAUUGGUGCUGAAGGAGUAAAUUCUUCGCCGCAUCCGAUAAAACACUCUGAAAAUGUUUUAAACGGCAAUGCGAUGACGGCUAGUUCGAAAAUAACCGCAAUAAAUCUCGUCGCAGAGUUACUACGUAAAGUCAAUUUGGAAAAAUUCCUAUGUUCGGAUUGUGAUAAGUUUCGGUGCAUUUGUCCCAAACCUCCGCAAGUGCAACAAAUGGAACCAACACCCAUCUCAACACUGUUCAGAAGACAAAAAUUCAGUGCCAUGUUUCCAGUCAUGUCCUCAUCUAGUAGUAAUAUUCCCAGUACAAAUACAAAUGACAAUAGCGACAAAUCGAAUUCAAAUUUACCGGAAACGAAAAAUUGAGAAAAUGAAAAAAAUCAACAACUCAGUUCUGACAAUUAUACCGUCGAUUGUGUAUAAUUGGAACAGAGACGAUGGGGGAUUAAAAUUAAUUAAUUUUUCUUUUCUUUCUUUUUUAGAUUUUUUGUGUUGUCGAUUAAUUUGUAAAUUUUAUUUUGCCGUAUACACUGUGUAUAUAGAGUGUUUUAUACUUAUAUUUAAACAUCAUAUUUUUUUGAGAAUAUUUUAAUUUAAAAUGUAAAUAAAGUACGUCACUUCCUCGCUAAAAAAACGAAAAACAAUCACAGAAGAGAAAACUAUUUUUUUAAAUAAAUUCCAUAAAAAA